AUGAAUUCAAAAAUUAAAGGAAUAACGGAUGAUAUAACAUCAAUUCCACCAGAAGAACAGAGAUAUUACGCAUUAAAUGCAUUUCCUAAAGUUUUGAAGAUUGGAAGAUUUAAUUUAAAUGAGGAAUUCAUAAAAGGUUUCCUAAAUGACAUAAUGAAGAAAGCAGAUAAGGAAUAUGUGGAUGAAAAAGAUAAAGAAAUUAAAGAAAUGGUUGAAUGGUAUCAUGAAUGGACAUCAAAGAUUUUAAAAACUAAAGCUGAUACAGGAUGGGUUUCAGGAUGUUUAGACCUUAAAGCGGAUAAAACAUAUGUUAACGAUGAGUUAGAGAAGAAGGUGGAUAAGGAAUAUGUGGCUAGUGAAUUAAAUAAGAAGGCAAAUUUGGUUUACGUUGAUGAAAAAGAUAAAGAAAUUAAAGAAAUGGUUGAAUGGUAUCAUGAAUGGACAUCAAAGAUUUUAAAAACUAAAGCUGAUACAGGAUGGGUUUCAGGAUGUUUAGACCUUAAAGCGGAUAAAACAUAUGUUAACGAUGAGUUAGAGAAGAAAGCGGAUAAGGAAUAUGUUAAUGAUGAGUUAAAUAAGAAGGCAGAUAAGGAAUAUGUUGAUAGUGAGUUAAAUAAGAAGGCAGAUAAGGAAUAUGUUGAUAGUGAGUUAAAUAAGAAGGCAGAUAAAACUUAUGUGGAUGAAAUAUACCAAAGUUUGAUAGGAACAACUAAAAAUAUUGAAACUAUUGUUGGUGACUUUUCUGUCAAUGAAGAAAAUAAAUAUUUUAGAUGGCAGUUUGUACACUCCUUAAAAAUGGUAUACGAUGUAAACUCAUUCCGAAAAAUAACAAUGAAAUGUAUGUAA